AAGAUGAAAUACUUCAAAACAUGUCUGAUGAAAGUGACCAUAUAGAUGCCCCAAUGGAUGAUGUUAUAUCUGAAGCUGUAGAAAGUGACCUUGAUGAAUAUGAAGAGGCUUCAUUUGAUGAUGCUUUUAAUGACUUACAUCAUCCACAAACCAUUGAGUGGCCUAAUGAUGCAUAUCACGAUUUUAUGGAAUUAAUUAAUAUAUAUCAACUUUCAAAUUCAGCAG